GCGAGUUUGAGGGCAAUUCGGACAAGCUGGUGUUUGUUCUUUUUAAGAGUGUCCGCUAGGUUUUUUUCCUUCCUCUAGCUCUCUCAGUCAUUUUGUACCUUUGUGGCUCUGCGUGUUCUCAGGUCUUGACUUUGGAUAGCUUAACAUGGCGAAAAAGAAGAAUCCGCAGGUUUAUAUGGAUGUAUGCAUUGAUGGAGAUCCAGCUGAGACUAUGGUUUUUGAGCUUUUCCCUGAAGUCGCUCCCAAGACGUCAGAGAAUUUCCGUGCACUAUGCACAGGGGAGAAAGGCAUCGGACCCAGAAGUGGAAAACCUUUACAUUACAAAGGAUCCUUUUUCCACAGAAUACUGAAAGGUUCCUCAGCACAGGCUGGCGACUUUGUGAAUCGAGAUGGUACUGGUGGGGAAAGCAUAUAUGCUGGAAAAUUUCCAGAUGAGUCACCAAAACUAAGGCAUGAUGAGCCUGGUCUUUUAUCCAUGGCAGUUGCUGAACGUGACAAGUUGGGAUCACACUUUCAUAUUACCUUCAGACCAAAUCACCAUCUUGACAGGAAGAAUGUUGUUUUUGGAAAGCUUAUUCAAGGAAAAGAGGUACUAAAGAAAAUUGAACGCGUGGGAGACGAAGAAGGUAAACCUACCGUCACGGUGAAAAUAAUCCGUUGUGGAGAGUAUUCUGGAGACAAGAAGAAGCAUACGAUUGAUGAUGGAAAAAGGAGUAGGCACAAGAGAUCUUCAAGAGAGAGAAGAAAGAAGAGGCGGAGACACUCAUCAUCUGAGUCCGAAAGCUCUUCAGAUUCCGAGACGGAUUCCUCAGAAUCUGAUAGCGAGUCAGAUUCAGAUUCGUCUUCUGACGUUAGUUCCUCGAGCCAGGAGAGGCGGAAGAAGAGAAAAAGAAGUUCAAAGAAAGAUAAGCACAGGCGGUCUAAACGAAGAGAUAAGCGCCAUGAGAAAAAGAGGAGGAUACGUGAUAAGAGAUCGAAACGCAAAUCAAGAAGGUCCCCAGACAAUCUUAUAGGGGAAGAAGGCAACAGCGAAAGUGAUGCUAAUGCUGAUAUUGAGGGGAAAACGAGGAAACCCAGAGUCUCGAUUAGAAAAGGUAACUCUCCACUAGACUUUGGAAAAGAAGCUGAAUCACUUCACCAGGACAAAAAGGAGGGGCCGGAUUUACUUGAUAAGGAUGAUGACGCAUCAGACCACAUUUCUGAUAGGCAACAUGAUUUUGUUGAUGAUCAUCCUAGCAAAUCUAGGAGCUGGAGCUUGAGUCCUAAGAGGAAAACAAGUAAGAGCACAAGUAUUAGUCCCAGGAGGAGUCUGAGUAAGAGUCCGAGCUUAAGUCCUAGACGGAAUGUGAAGAACUUGACAAACAGAAGAAGCAAAAGCCCAGAGAGUGAGGCGUUAGGCAGGCUUAUGAGGAGCCGUAGCAAAAGCGUUAGUAGAAGUCCAGUACGGACGAAAGGCGGAAGAGAUAUUAAUAGAAGUCUUUCUAGGAGUAUAAGCAGAAGUCCACUGAGGAGCCCUGUAAGGGAUAUUAGCAGAAGUCCUUCGAGGAGUAUAAGCAGAAGUCCAUCGAGAAGCCCUGUAAGGGAUACUAGCAGAAGUCCAGUGAGAGGUAGGAGUGCUAGAAGCCCAAGCAGGAGCCCUGUAAAAUCAUCAGCAUCUCGAGGAAGCCUUGGGAGGGGCCCACUUAGAAGAGCAAGAAGAUCACCUAGCAGAAGUCCAGUUCGGUCUUCUAGAAGAAGCCUGAGCCGGAGUCCCUCUAUAUCACCUAGGAGAUCAUUGAGCAGGAGCCCAGUCCGAUCACAUAGGAAGAGUGUGAGCAGGAGUCCUGUUAGAUCACCUAGGAGAUCAGUGAGCAAGAGUCCAGUCCGAUCAACUAGGAAGAGUGUGAGCAGGAGUCCGAUUCGAUCGUCCAGGAGAAGUAUCAGCAGGAGUCCUGUUAGAGGAGGAAGAAGAAGAAUCAGUAGAAGUCCAAUUCAUGCGAGGAGAAGAAGUCCUUUUGGCCGUAGAAGAAGUUUGUCAAGAAGUGCAUCUCCUGAUGGACGCAUAAGAAGAGGAAGAGGAUUCAGUCAGAGAUACUCUUACGCUCGUAGAUACAGAGCCUCUCCAACUCCUGAUCGUUCUCCUUAUCGCUUGAGUGAUAGGAGUGACCGUGACAGAUUUCGAAGUCACAGAAGGUACUCUCCAAGACGGUUUAGAAGUCCAUUAAGAGCAAGAACACCUCCAAGUAAUCUCAGGUUAAGAAGAAGAAGCCGAUCUGUAUCGCCUAGUCCACGUCAUCGCCGGGGUUACAGCCGCAGCCCUAUCCGUAGCCGUUCACCGUAUAGGAAGAGAAGGUCACCAUCCCCUGCUAGCCGCAGCCCUAUCCGUAGCCGUUCACCGUAUAGGAAGAGAAGGUCACCGUCCCCUGCUAGUCGCAGCCCAAGUCCUUCAGGGUCAAGAUCAAGAUCUAUUUCAAAGUCUCCCAUUGGGGCGGCAGGGAAAGCAAGAUCAGUGUCAAGAUCACCAUCUAAAUCGAGUUCUUCGUCCUCAGGUGAUAGCUCAGGUGGGCAUAAGCCAUUAGUAGCCUAUGAUUAGCGACCCACGUGUCCUUUUGUUCUAUUACUCAAGAGACUAAGCACUAAGCAGUUCUAGUAAAACGUCUGCAUUGUCUUUGUCUUGUAGUCGUGUCUUCUACUCGACUCUCCAGCCUUUGUUACAAGUUUACGUUGAUGUUUGCCGACA